AUGUCGGCGACACAUUUGAUGCCAGCCACGACGUCAUCCUCCCUCUUCUUCAGAGCGCUGGCACUCGCCUCAACAGCACGCUCUUGCCCCCAUGCCUUCAGGACCUUCUCUUCGACGAAAGCCAUUCGCCAGUCCUCGAAGCGCGAGCUAUAUACAGGCCCAUCCUACCAACCUCACAGUCUUCCCGCCGAUUUCCCUCUACCUCCCCGAAAUACCAACAUUCCGGACACCUCAAUAGCUGGACCGCAACCUCGUCUCAAUGACACUAGGCCUCCUCAAGAGAUUGGCACACGGCCGGGAGAUAUUGCAGAGACCGCGAGUAUAAGUGUGCCCGAAAGUGAGGCACAACAACCCAAAGCUGUGUCAGAACCCAAGUCUGUGGCACAACCCAAAACAGAAGAAACGAAGACGACCAAGCCCCGUCGAAGCAAGCUUAGGCCGCGGAAGGCAGCCAUGUCAAUCACUCCCAGCGCUUUACUCCAUCUGCGAGAACUUCUCGACCAGCCAACUCCUAAAAUGAUCAGAGUCGGUGUCAAGAACAGGGGCUGCUCUGGGCUUGCAUACCACUUAGAAUUCGUGGACAAGCCCGGGCCCUUUGACGAAGUCGUGGAGCAAGAUGGAGUCAAAGUCUUGAUUGACAGCAAGGCCCUCUUCAGUAUCAUUGGCAGCCAGAUGGAUUGGAAAGAAGACAAGCUCAGUGCUAGAUUUGUGUUCAACAACCCCAACAUUACAGAGCAAUGCGGUUGUGGCGAAUCAUUCAGCGUUUCAUAG